AGCUUAACAAAGAAGAAAACUCACUUAUACUUGUUAGGUUGCAAUACAUGCAAGGCGCGCAAGGUCAAAUGUGAUGAGCGUCAAGACACGUGUGCCAACUGCGAAAGCUUACAUCUCGAAUGUACUUAUUCUGAAUCGCAGCCAGCACCUAAAAGAGCAGCUACGAAACGAAAUCGGAGAUCUUGCAACGACUGUCGAGUUGCUAGAUGCAGGUGCUCGGGGAGUUCUGCGGAUCAGCCCUCAUGUCAGAGGUGUCGUGAGAACAAGAUCCGAUGUUCUUAUCAAGACAUCACAAAUCAACAUGGGCAACCUCAGUCAGGUCAAGAAAGUAGCCUAACGAUCUCUAGGAGCAGAGCUAAUAUCGUCGACUCUAUCCAUCGGGGCCCUAUACUGUCUCCUCUGCCAUCCUUCAUGCAGAAGUUAAACGACAGGUUAGACUCUGAUCUGCGAGAGGAUGCCCUGUUACACAUUAUGUGUACUAUAGGAGCGCUAUUCUUUGCGCUCGAGUACAGUGAUACAGUCCAAGAACUACCGACAUCAGUUGUUCUGAAAGCCGGUUCGCAAUGGGCUGCGACAGCCGAGCGUCUACUCCUUGGAAACACGCAUCAGAUCUCGGUUGAUGGAUUGAUGACUGCCCAACUUCUUUACGACUACGCUCUUCGCAUGGCCAACUUCACCCAAGCCUUUGUAUUGAGCGCCUUGAUGGCGAGAAUGACUCAAGCUCUGCAACUGAACCUGGAGUUUUCCUCAGACAUUUUCAACCAGUCACCCAACGCCACUCUCUCGACAACAGCUAGAGAGUGUCGAAGACGCCUGAUGUGGAGUUGCUAUGUCACAGACGUUCUCUGCAGCAACGGUGUCGAGCAGCUGACCUUGGUAUUCGAGAAACACAUCGGGAUUCAGCUGCCGUGUCAUGAGCGGAAUUUUCUCCAUGAACGACCAUGUAUCACAAGAACACUCAGCGGCUCACCUCUCGACUUCAUCCCUCCUGAUAAGAUACCAGUUGACAUAGACAGCAACAUGGGUAUGUUGGGUUACCUCAUCCAGCACCUUGAGAUACGACGGCGAGUUCUAUGGUACAUCAAGCACCUUGAUCAAGCCAAGCCGCCAUGGCUUCCAGACUCGGAGUUUGCACAACUGGAUCGAGAAUUACAGGCCUGGUACACGUCCCUUCCGCCAAGUCUUCAGUUCACGGCUUCAACUAUCUACCUCCGCAAGGAGUCAUCACAACUUGGGGCUUUAUGUUUCUUUCACUGCACCUACCAUCAGACCAUGCUGGACUUUUAUCGCAUUGGAACCCCCGAACUAUUCAAGCUACGAUCCGCAUUCCAUUUCCCGCCGGAACAACAUGACUUCCAACGCCACUUGCAAUACGCAUUGUUCAAGGUGGCUCGUACGUUGGCCGCGAUUGUCGCGGAAGCAGAGCAACAUGGCCCUCGAAUAAUCGGCGACACGUGGUUCCCCACGAUUGCCUACGAGAGCAAUAGAGUCAUGCUCUACUACCUGACUCAAGUCACAGAUCCCAUGGCCCUUGACAAGCGAGAGUUGGUGUUGAGCACCAUUCCAUACUUGCAGAGCAACCUCAAGGCUCUUAAGACGAUGCGUGCCACCAACGCCAUGGCGGAUAGCCUCGUGAGUGGUCAACCCCAUGUGUGA